AUGACUUGGUUGCUUCAUGAAACAGUUGUCAAUCCACAAGGAGUUGAACAUUCUAUUAUUGCUAAAUUUACUGGUAAAUAUGAACAAUUAAUCACAAGUAUUCGUAAUCAAUUUGUGUGUUAUGAUAUUACUCCUCAAGGACUUCAAGUUCGUUGUAAAGAAGUUACUGAAGCAAAUAUUAUUCAAAUAGGAAAUGUAGAAGUGAACCAUGUAAUGAUGCUAGUUUUAUUAUUUAAAGAAGCUAAAGUGUCAGUACUGAGAUAUGAUGAAACAAAUAAUAAAUUUGUUAUUCAUUCAUUACAUUGUUUUGAACUUCCUCUUAAAAGAAUGCAAGAAGGAUUAACACCAACAACAUAUACUGAUCCAAGACUCUUAAUUGAUAAAAGAGGGCGAUGUAUUAGUUUAAUUUGUUAUGAUAGAUUAAUGUGGGUUAUUCCAUUAGGACUUGACAAAACAUCAUAUUCUAUUAACUUAGAGAAAUUUGGGAUUAAUAGAAUUAUUGACUGUAUUGUUUUAGAUGGGUAUGAUUUACCGUCAGUAGCUUUUCUUCAUAUGAAAAUACCAACAUGGGAAGGACGAAUAGUAAAUACAGGAGAAACAACUAAUGAGAUUAUUAUACUAUCAUUAGAACCAGAUGUUAUUCAUGAAAGACAAGAUAUUGUUGCAACAAUAUCAUAUCAAUUUUCAUAUGUUCCUUAUAAUGCAUUACAAAUUGUAGAUUGUUAUCCAACAAAUGGACUUCUUAUAUUAACAAUAAAUAGUAUUAUUUAUUUAUCAACAACAUCGUUUGAGUCAUUCAUUCUUCCUUUUGGAAAGUUUUUUGUAAUACCAAAAAAUAUAAAUGGACCAUUAUCUUCAUUUCAAAUUCUUCAAAUGCAAACAAAAAUUAUGAACUCAGUUAAAUCAAUAUUUAAAUUAACAAAUCAUCUUUAUAUUAUAUUUUCUAUGAAUGGAGAAAGUUAUUAUGUUCAUUUACUUUCUAUUGCAAAUAGAAUUUGUGAUGUAAUCAUUACUAAUUCUCCAUAUAAAUAUCACCCGACUACUUUUACUAUUUCUUCAAAUCAUUUAUUUAUUGGAAGUACAGUUCAUGAUAGUUAUAUUUAUAAUUAUGAAAUUGUUGAAUAUGGAAAAGGUAAACAACAUGAAAUAUCUCAACAUAUUAACCAAGAAAUUCGUUCCAAAAAUUUAUUAUUUAGACAUAAUGAAAUGGAAGAAGAAUAUCCUUUUGAUGAACCACAACCAGUUUCUAUUCCACAAGAAUUAACAGUUGAAUUCCCACAAUUAGAUUAUAUUGUUUCUAUUUGUAAUGUACAUGAAUAUACUUUAUUAGAAGAAGAAAAUAAUAUGAUUUCUAUUGUUUUAUGUUGUGGGAUACAACCAUUUAGUAAAAUUGUUAAAUUAUCAAGAAGUAUUCAACCUGAAAAUAUUAUGGGAGUUAAAGAAUCAGAAUGUUUUUAUAAAAAUGAUAAUAUUGAAGUAAAUAAAAAUGGAAUAUUUUUAAAUUCAAUAAAUAUUUGUUCUACAGAAAUUCUUGGAAGUAUUAAAAGAGUUAAAAAAGAAGAUGAUUAUUUAAUUAUUGAAAAAAGUGAUGCUAAAUGGUGUGUUUUUGAUAUUAAUAAAAAAGAAAUUAUAAUACAAGAAGAAGGUAUUAAUGAAUUAUCUUUUCUUCCUUCUUCUAAUGAAAUGGAAGAAGAAGGAGAAGGAAAUAAUUUUAUUAAAUUAAAAAAUGGAAAAGUAUAUAAAGGAGAAAUGGUGUUAGAAGGAAUUGGAGAAAGAAUUAGUCAAUGGGUAAAAGAAGAAACAAAAAAAGGAAAAGAAGUAGUAGAUAUUGAGUGUGUAUCAAUUAUAGAAGGAAAAAUUGAUUUAAUAAUAAUAACAAAAGAAGGAAUUUUAUGUUAUUAUAGAUCAAUGAAUGAUAAAGGGAAAUUUGAAAGAUUAAAAGUUGAAGCACCUCAAACAUUUAAUUGUAGUAUUAAACCACAUAUUAAUAGGAUAGAAAUAAAUAAUAAAAAGCAUUAUUUAAUUAAUGGAAAUUGUUCAUAUUUUAUUGAAUAUAAUUAUUAUUAUCCAAUAGUUAUUCCAUUUAGUAUUAAAGUAAUAAAAGAAGUAAUAGUUUUAAAUAAUUUUACUUGUUAUUUAGACACAGAUGAUGGUAAAUUAAUUGUUAAAUUAAAUAAACAAAAUAUUGAUAAAUAUCCACUUCCAUUUACUAGAGUUGAUAUUCAAGGAACACCACAUCAUUUAGUAUCAUAUAAAAAUAAAUUAUUUGUUACAGUAUCAUUUACUACUGUAUUAGAUACACCUGAUUGUCCACCUCAAUUACCUCAUUCAAGUAAUAAUCAACAAGAAGAGCCACCAGUAUUAGAAGCACAACCAUUAAAUUCAGAUGUGUUAUUAGAACGUUAUAGAAUAAUAAAUUUAACAACCAAUGAUUAUUAUGAAUUUAAAAAAGGUCAAUUCAUUUGUACAGCAAAAUUAUUAAAAUUUAAAGUUGGAAAACAACUUAAAAAUUAUUUAGUUGUUGGAGUUAAUAAACAAACAACAGAAGAUAAUCCUGUUAAAGGAAAAACCUAUAUUUUUAAUAUAGAAAAUCAAAUUCAAUUAAUUAAUAAAAUUGGAGAUGGAAAAAAGUCAGUUCAUGCAGUUAAUGAAAUAGGUGGAUUUCUUGCUGUAGCAUCAGGAAAUGAAUUAGAAUUAAUUGAACGAGUAGAUGAAACAAGAUGGAUAAAGAAAUGUUUUAGUGAUAUUUCUAUAUUAAUUAAUUCAAUUGAAUAUCUUCCAUUAAAGGUAAUGGAAAGAGGAAAUGAAAAAGAAUGUUAUUUAAUAUUAUUAAGUGAUUUUUAUAGAUCAGUAGUAUUAUUAUUAUUUAAACCAUAUGACUAUACUGUUAUACCUCUUGGUAAAGAUGCAAGAAAUAUUCAUUGUAUUGAUUCAACUUUUAUAAUAACAAAAGAUUAUUUCUCAGUACUUGAAUUUGAUUCAGAACAAAAUUUAAGUUUAUUAAAUUAUAGUUCAGCUGCAACAGAACAAUUAUCAAUAUUUGAAAUUGAUGCUACAUUUAAUCUUGGAAUGAAUUUAUUAAAAUUUACAAGACUAUGGAAUGGAAAAGGUUAUAUUUAUAUGUAUGUAACUGUUGAAGGAAGUGUUGGUUAUAUUUCAGUUGUUGAAGAAAAAAUAUAUCAAGUAUUAAGACAAAUUAAUAUAAAAAUGAAUAGAGAACCAUGGCAUUUUGCAGGAACAAAUGCAGAAGAAUAUAGAUUUGAAAAAGGAUAUGGAAUGGGAUUUGGAACAAGAAAACAUGUAUUUUUAGAUGGAGAUAUGUUAAAACAAUUUAGAUUAUUAAAUGAAGAACAACAAAAAAGAGUCUGUUUAAGAAAUACAUCAAUUAAUGAUGUAUUUAAAUUACUUUCAACAGGACUACAAUACAAUACAUUUUUACAAUAUAAUAAUUGA